GUGUUCUACAAGACGGUGAGGGACAUCCACGCGGGACCCGGGGACGAGAUGCUCUUGUAUGCCAGGGAGGCUGUCUACCCGGAAAUGGAGUUGGAAUCGUUUGCCAGGCAUAAUUUUACAGGUGAGCCAAGUUAUUCUUGUCCCAGCUGUGGCGAGGUGUUCAGGUCCAAGGUGGCGGUGCGACGUCACCAGACCUACAGCUGCAGCAACGCCGUCUCCCCCUACAGCAGCCUCAAGGAGCAGAUGGGCCUGACCCACAACAACCUGGUGGCCAGUAGCGGCAUGCUGAGCUCUGCCACCGCCACCAGCGAGGGCAGAGUGCCAGGAGGCAGCAGCAACGACGGAAGUAGUUACGUCAGCAACGGUGCAGACAGUGAUGGCAACAAAAGCGACAAUUCAGAUUCCUACCAGGAACCGGCGGAGACGGGCAGUGGUGGGGAAUAUAAAUGCGACGAAUGCCCUAAGUCUUUUCAGUGGAAAGCCAACCUCCAGAGACACCAGCUCACUCACGAUGCUGAUCGGAAGUUCCCUUGCGAAAACUGCGACAAGGUUUUUACUGACCCAAGUAACCUGCAACGUCAUAUCCGUUCCCAGCAUGUCGGCGCCCGCAGUCACGCCUGCACCGAGUGUGGCAAGACGUUCGCCACCUCCAGCGGACUCAAGCAGCAUCAACACAUCCACAGCAGCAUCAAGCCGUUCCAGUGCGAGGUGUGUCUGAAGGCUUACACUCAGUUCUCCAACCUGUGCAGACACAAGCGGAUGCAUGCAGACUGCAGGCAACAGAUCAAAUGUAAGGAUUGUGGACAGGCUUUCUCUACUGUCACCUCACUCAGCAAGCACAAGCGUUUCUGCGAAGGCGUCAUGCGUAACGGCAUGAGAUCUAUCUACCCUUCAGAGAAGCUCUCUCCCAUGUCGAUGUCUUCAAACGGCCAAGCGCCACAUCUCAAUCCUUCAUUAUAUCCAAGCAUUUACGCCGCUGCUGCCGCCGCAGCCGCUGCCCGUCCUCAAUUUCCCUUUUCUCCAUACCCUCAUUUUGGCACUUUCGCGGGUCUGUUGCCUCAAGGACUUCCUACAAUGCUGGGAGCUUCAACAGUUUCUCCCUCGUCUGCUCUGAAACUUGCGGCCAGCAUGCAACAUCUCUCUCCAGACCGGAAGCUCCACUUGUCACCUGAUGCCGGAAGCGUAGCCUCCAAGGCGUCAUGCUUCUCUUCUCCCUUCAGAAUGGAUUCCAGGCUGAAGCUUGAAACUGAAUCUUCCGCGAUGUCUGAUGCGGAUCUUUCAGACGAUAGUAGCGAAUGCGAGCUGGAUAUAAGCAAAUUGUCCGAGGAUGAACUCGAGUGUUCAACGCCGCUGAGAAGAAAGCUUGACGGGGCUCGUGCAAACCAGACAUCGGAGAGUGAAGAAACUCCCGUUCAAGUGUCUAGAAUGGAAGAAUCUCCCUCACCGAAAUAUGAGAAACCCGUUAGGGGAAACAGUAUCGCACCUCCAGGUUUUACCCAGUUCAGGCCCCAGUCACCCAUAGUUUCAUCUGUUGCGGGUUCUAAUACCUCGCAAUUGUCGCCAUCCUUUUCACAUAAGCACGAUGACCCUUACGAUCUCUCCCGCCAGGCCACCAAACCGGAGGUGAUUCAGAAUGGUAAAACGUCUACAAGGGAGACGGAAAAAGAAGUUGGAAAGUCCAGCCCCAAAGACGACGUCCCUCUUGACCUCAGCAAGAAGCUAGUCAAGCCAGUCCCCAUCCACCCAACUGAAACCCCAAGAAAAACCCAUAUAUAUGGUGACAUCGCAUCGUCACCUACGCUGCCUGCAUCCUCGCACACAUCCUCAUCACCAGCUACAUCGUCUGUAUCUCAUCUUGCAACCGCGACAUCCAUGUCUAUACAGUCAGUCGCCAUCCCAGAUCCCAAAUCCAGCGUCAUUAGUCCUUUCAGCUACCCGUUCAGUCCGAUCAUGAUGGAAUCCCUUUUACGGAUCAAGGAAGACAUGAAACUGCAACAGGAAGCUGCAGCCAAGUUUUCAUCCUCUUUCACUCGCUUCCCCAUGCCUGGUCCGACUGCUUUCCCCGGUCUCCACCCCCAUCAGUUCAGCAUGAUGCCUCGACAUGACUUCGACAAAGUCCUGUCCCCAAUGAUGAAACUGGAUAAAUCUGGCGAAUUCCCCAACCAUCACAACCAACAUCACCCAUCUCACAGCCAUCACCAACACCACUUUGGCCCUGGAGCUCCUGGCAAGUCAAAAGAAAGAUAUUCCUGCAAGUUUUGUGGGAAAGUAUUUCCGCGCUCCGCGAACUUGACCCGACAUCUGCGGACUCACACGGGGGAACAACCGUAUAAGUGCAAAUACUGCGAACGGUCCUUCAGUAUCUCCUCCAACUUACAACGGCACGUGAGAAACAUUCACAACAAGGAGAAGCCGUUCAAAUGUCAACUCUGUGAUCGCUGCUUCGGACAGCAGACCAACCUGGACAGGCAUCUUAAAAAACAUGAACAAGAAGGACCUAAUGUUGUAGACUCCCCGACCGCAGAGCUCGAAGACAAGGACGAUGCGUAUUUUUCCGAAAUCAGCAACUUUAUUGGUAGCAAUGGCAAAGAUCCUGUUAAUAACAGUGUUGGGGAUGUUGAGGAUGAGGAGGAGGGGUCUGAGGAGUCUGCUGUGGUUAAAGAUGACGCUUAA